AACUAAAAAGUAUUUCCCAUCAUCCAAAUAAGUAACUUUAUUCAAUAAAACAGAAACUACAGCAACACGUCCGGGAAUCGGCGAAGCAUUGCGGCAGGUGCAGUGGACUGUAAAGCCCAGGAAAUGAGCGACAUGCUAAGCGCCAUCCACGGUGACCAAAAUAAUGUCAUCAGUAAUGGUUAAAUGUUGUGUAAAUGUACAUCUUACGUAUAGUUUAUGUUGAGCGCCAAUAAUAGUGCAGAUGCUCCGCUUCAUUGACCAGCACGCAUCCGCCGUAGGAAAUGUUGCAGUCGUAUAAAAUGAAUUGUUCCGGAGUUAACUAAUUUAGUGCCGAUUUGUUGAAGAACUGCCGCAGGUCAAUUGUAAAUAAAUAAGAGUAGUGGAAAUCGUUCGCUUUUCUUCGCUAAGAUAUUCGGUGUGUUUUGUGUCCUUAGAGCUACGAAAAUCGGGCGUCUUACCACCAAACGACUACUAACACGUGAAUUCAUGCGUUCCUGGCGCAAAAUGCGUAAACCGUUUCUGGCCAUUGUCGCCAUUAUAUUGAUCGUACUCGCGCAAGUUAUCAUCAGUGCGCCAGUACGCAAGUCAAUACGCGUCCAACUGAAUGCCGACUAUGUACGUGCCAUGGGUGCUUACAAACGCUUAGAGCCACGUUUGCCACGCGAAGAACUACGUGUGAUCACCACCUUAGGAAUAUUGAAUGGGGCGCGACAAGCAGAACAACUCAUGGAACGUAACUUAGUAGACAUAGUCCGAGGAUUGCUCUUUGAAGCUAAUGAACUAAAUGAUGAUGAACUCGUGGCCAAAGUGCAAAAUAUUGAAAAGCAGUUGGCGCGCGAUCAUCGUGCAUUAUUAAUACUAACCAGUGCCAUGGAUUUGGUGACCGGUACAAAAGAUGUGUUCGACUUUAAAGCGGAUAUGCAGCAAACGCUGCAGCAAAUACGAAGGCAAUCAGUGGGCGAUGUUGAUGUGGAAACCUCGCAAGAGAACACCGCGCAACAUGAUAAAACCGUUGAUGAAAAUAAUGUUGCUGAGCGUGUCGCAGCUCUACGGCGACAGAUCUUACAGCAAGUACGCACGAUGAAGGCGCUCGUAGAUGAGAAAGUUACCGAAACUUUGGAUUAUUUGAUUACGAAGGCAGACAAGGGCAGCUUGUUGGAGCAGGCGAGCAAAAAAGUGGUGCGAAAACGAAAUGCGGUAGAAGCACCUGAGGUGCCGGCCGAAGUCCGUAUGAUCGAGUCCAUUUUGAACGAGGGCCGUUUUAUUCAAACCCAGGAGGAUUUUCGCAAUAACCUGGUAGAUGCACGUCUUGACAAUCGGAACAACGAGCUCACAGAUGAUUCGCUAGAAGAAGACUUCGCAUUUCCCUCAGAGGCUAAGAGAUCUAAGAUAGUCAUUGAAAAUCGCAGCAAUCAGAAAACAGACAGUAAACCUACGUUGACAACAACAACGGCGACAGCAACAACAACAAUACGAGCAACAAGAGCUACUAAGAACCUCAGCACACGAAAAGCAAACGCUGCAACAACAACAACUACAUCACCUAAUCCCACACUAACACAAAGCAUCGCUAUUAUAGAUGUAGAUGGACCAAAGCUUGCCAAACAGGAAGAGUUGGAACAAUUUCCGCCAAUAGCACCACUGCCGCCAAUUGAACCACUGCCGCCACCAGCUGGCAAUUUGGAUGCAGACGACGACUUCCCUGAUGCACCACCGCCGCCUGAUGCUGGUGGUGGCGGCUUGGUUGGAAUUAUAACGAGUUUGAGUGGUGGUGAAGGCGGGUCAGACAUCGGCGCAUUAAUUGGAGCAUUAACUGGCGUCAUUUCUACUUUAUUUGGGCCAGGCGGUUUAGAUAUUGAAUCCCUCAUCAGCACAGCAACUUCACUCAUUUCUGGUUUACUGGCGGGCAACAAAAACUUCGGCACAGUGCUGGGCAUAUACAUAGGAACGGCAUUUGAUGGUCUUUCCGGCGGUGGUGGAGCGGUCAACAAUGGACAAUUUAUCGGCAAUCUGCUUGGCACUGUUUACGCUCAACUCAGCGCAGACCCCGAAGAUGAUGACGCCCGUCCAAACCCUUUCCUCUUUGCACGCAAUCUCAUUAGCAGUUUUAUAGAGGCGAAAAAUCGUAAAGAAUCCGAUGAGGAGGACGGCGAUGAGCGUCGCUCUGAUGCACGUCAUUCGCACGGCGAUAAAGGAAAAGGUGAUGCGGGCGGUGGCUCCGAUUCGGGUGGCUUUAUCAAGCAUAUCGCGUCGCAUAUAGUGGGCAGUCUUGUCAAUCUAAUUUUGAAUGCUUCGUUGGGCGCUUCUGGCGGUGCAUCGCAUGCCUCCGCUUCGUUAUUUGGCAGUUCCAGUCAUAAAGGCGGCGGUGGCGGUGGGCAAAAGCAUUAAUGCUUUAUAGUCAUAAUUAUUUUAGUGUAUAAAUUUUAAUUUUUGCGGCUGCUCGUAUUGUUGUUGUUGCUGUUGAAUACAGCGUAGCAAUGCUAUGCGAAUUAGUGGCAUUAGUGCAAUUACGCAAUAUAGAUACUCAUUUAGCUUCCGCGUAUGCUUUACUAUUUUAGUAAUUGUCUACUGACACGUGUUGUACUCGUAUUUCUAUUUAUCGUUAUAUGUAUGUAUGUGCUUGAACAAAGUUCGCUACAACUCAGACAUUAAUUUAGUAUUAUAUAUAUUUUAGUUGUAAGAAUUAGUCAUUAAAGUCCUUUUUAUUUUUAUACAUUUUGAAUUAAUAUA